AUGAAAAGGUGGGUUUUUAUAAGCAAGAAAGGCUACCAGGAAACAGACGAAGCCAUCCAGAGUUCUGUCAUAACAAAACUAAAAGGAGUCUCAAUAACCAACACUACUGAGUCAGGUCUGCUGGUGUGGGGACCGGAGGACUACGUUAUCCCACCACAGGGUGAAGCUGUUCUGUUUGUUGUAACCAAUUUCUUUGAGACGCCAAACCAGAAGUUGGGAUACUGUGCUGAGAGCCCCAAAGUGCUAGAUGGCCACUGUCGAGAUGACAAGGACUGUAAAGAAGGAAAGAUGGUAGUGGCUGGUCACGGAGUUAUGAGUGGCAGAUGCUUAAGAAAAGAUGAAAACUCCACUGGUACCUGUGAAAUCUAUGGCUGGUGUCCCAUUGAAAAAACAAACAGACCACAGUAAGAGACUUUGUGACAACGCUGAAACUUGACUUGGUCUCAAAGAUUUAUCAAAUUUCCUAAAUUCGGAUUUUCAAAGUCCAACGUCCUUGAAACGACUGAUGAAUCCUAUUUGAGGAAGUGCAGAUACGAUGAAGAGCUCCACCCCUACUGCCCCAUCUUCCGACUUGGAGACAUCACCAGGCGAGCUGGAUUCAAGUUCCAGGACAUGGACACAUUUGGCGGCUCCAUUGGCAUUAUGAUCGAGUGGGAUUGUGAUCUUGACAAAGGCUACUCUGACUGCCAUCCACGGUACUACUUUACCCGCCUGGACAUCAGUGGCUGCAACAAGACCCUCACAAAAGGGUUUAACUUCAGAUACACUCGGUAUUUUAAAAAUGCUACUGGUGAGAGCUAUCGAUCUCUAUUCAAAGUCUAUGGUGUCCGAUUUAACAUCAUGGUGUAUGGAAAGGCAGGGGCGUUCAGCAUCGUCUCAACAGCCAUCAGUUUAGCUGGAGGACUGGCUUUGUUGGGUGCUGGAGCUUUCUUCUGUGACCUGGUCCUUCUCUACCUGAUAAAGAAGGGCAAUGCGUAUCGAGAGAGGAAGUUUGAAGGAUCCAGUCUGAAUCUGAACCAAACAAAUAAACAGAAAUCAACACAUGAAGACAACUGUGAGGAAGAUGGAAAGGAGAGGGAGGGGUGUCUGUAACAUGCCUUUGUUGGUUAAAGAUAAAUAUAAUAUAAAAAUGAUAUAUCUCAGCAGUACAGUAUAACUUAUGCUGUACUGGUUUGGAGCUCCUGUAGGAUGAGCCAUCAUCGUGGAAAAAAAAGUCUUUGAUUGAUACUUGAUACUGACUAUUUGUCAAUUGUAAGAUGCUACUAUAUUCUGCCUUUGUAACAACUACAUUUUUUUUUUAUAACUUAAAAACAAUAGUUCAAAAGAAUCGUGAAGAGAUUUUCCAUUGACUUUAUACCAGGUUUAACCAUAAAAUGAUUGUGUUUUAGCAACAUUGCAACAUGCAGACCACUUUUACUUUUCAUGUUGUUGUAUAAUGUUUUAAAGGACCAGUGUAACAUUUAGAGGCAUCUAGUGGUAGGAUUGCAGAUUGCAACCAACUGAAACUUUUGCACUUAACCGAGCGCAGAGGAGAAACUACAGUGGCCGCCAAACUCACAAAUUCCCUAUCUACAGCCAGUGUUUGGUUUGUCCUUUCUAAGCUACUGUAGAAACAUAGCUGUUCAACAUGUAGACCUCCAUGG